ACUAUAAGUUUUUGCCUUUGAAAUAACGCCUUGUCCAAUUUCCACUUCAUUUCAUCACCACCUUCAUCUCUUCAUUUCUUCUUCCUUAAUAUUUCGCAACACCUGAACUACGUUUGCUUCAUUCUCUCUCCUCCAUUAACAGAAUUGUUCCCGGAUUUCGCGGAUUUGACAUUUGGAAUCGGCAAAGAUGGCGUCAUUCGAGAUGGAUGAUAGAAAAAAGAUUGGACUGGGAUUGACUGGGUUUGGCAUGUUCUUUACAUUAUUGGGAGUCAUAUUCUUGUUUGACAAAGGGUUGCUUGCCAUGGGUAACAUCCUCUUCCUGGCUGGUGUGACAUUGACCAUUGGGCCAAAAUCCGCUCUUGGUUUUUUCAUGAAACCUCAAAAUUUUAAGGGGACGAUAUCAUUUGGUGUUGGCUUCUUCUUGGUUAUUAUUGGCUGGCCUAUUAUUGGCAUGAUUUUGGAAUUAUAUGGAUUCAUUGUACUUUUCAGUGGCUUCUGGCCUACUCUGGCAGUUUUUAUACAGAGGAUACCUGUUCUUGGUUGGGUUUUGCAACAUCCACUCUUUAGAUCGUUGAUAGACAGAUUCCGCGGGAAACGGGUACCAGUAUAAAGCUAAGGAUGAAUGGGAAAAAGUGAAGAAGCUGAAUUAGCAUGUUCUUUGUAAGUGUUUUGGGAAGGGGGGAACUGUUCAAAGGUGUAAUAUUUUUAGAUUCUUUCAGUAGAAAGUGUGUCAUCUUUUGUUUGGCUCACUUGUUCAAGGUUUUGCCCACUUUCUUAGGAGUUUCCAUUAUCUCUUUGUACAGAUCAAACUAACAAAAGCACAUUUUUGUGUGGUUAACUACAUUACUUUAUAUAAAAGAUAGUUGUAUAUGUUUUGUUGUAGAAUAAUGUUCCAACUUUUGUAACUGCUCAACAGUGGAAAAAUUAUGUUUUCAUAUCAAUUUCCUGCCCUCAUGUACUAAAA